AGAUCUGUAGCACAAGUGAUACCGCUAGUGCGGAGCGUCUUAUUCCAGCAGAACCUGCGCACCUGACCCAUCACCUGAAUGGAGCAGCACUCGUGUUCUUCAUUGGUCGUACAGGAGAGUGUAGAGUUGAAGACAAAGAAAGAGGAGGAGCCGCACACCGAGGGUCAUGCGACCCCCAUAAAGUGCGAAUACAUCACAUUUUCUGAUGAUGGUUUGUUAGUGGUCACAGCUGACCAUGUAGAGAUGAAGACAGAGGCGCAGGGUACUGAGGAACAAGUGACCACAUUAAAGAUAGAAACAUCCCCUAACAAUGGUUUUCCUGUAGUUGUACCAGAAAGUUGUGAGAUGAAGACGGAGAUAAAAAACAGAGACACUGAAGAUCACAUAGAAGAUGAUACAUGCCCUGUGGAUGGUUUUCCUGACAUUAUAGAGGUGAAGUCGGAACCAGACGAGCCAGUUAAUGAGGAUCACAUAACCACAGUAAAUCAUGUGACUGUUAUAUCCGCAGAUGAUGAAAACAGCAUGAAUUAUACACACCAACAGCAGAGAGCCAUAAGAACUGAACUUAUACCCCAUGACCCAAGUUUAAUGAGAGCUAAUGACUAUACACGAAUAUUGGGUGGAUCCGAGGAGACUUUGCAAGAUGCCUUUGGAAAACAUACAGAUGCAAAGACUCUGAAUAACUUCAAACCAAAUGAAAAUCAACUAUUAUCUCAUCAAUGGAUUCCCAGAGACGAUAAACCUUUCAAAUUAAAUGACUGUUCAAAAGAUUUUAGUCAGAAGGAAAGUCCUCAGUCACAGGAAAUGAUUCACACCGGGGAGAAAUCAUUCAUAUGUUCAGAAUGUGGGAAAAGCUGCACAGGCAUGUCAGCGCUCCUCAUUCACCAAAGGAGUCACACAGGGGAGAGGUUAUACAUGUGCACAGAGUGUGGCAAAUAUUUUACACAGAAAAGUAAUCUCACAGCUCAUGAAAGGAUCCACACAGGCGAGAGACCAUAUGCGUGUACUGAUUGCGGCAAAAGUUAUUCGCGGAAGGCUGAUCUUCAAGGGCACCAAAUGCUUCACACAGGGGAAAAGCCUUACUCAUGUACAGAGUGUGGGAAAAGCUUCACCUAUAAGUCAGUUCUCAUAAACCACCAAAAUAUUCACACAGGGGUGAAACCUUUCACAUGUACAGAGUGCGGGAAAAGCUUUGCAGGCAGGUCAGGUCUGCUAAUUCACCAAUCAGUUCACACACAAGGGAAUCCUUUUACAUGUAGAGAAUGUGGUUAUAGUUUUACAGAGAAGUCAGACUUCCUAAAACACCAGAGUAUUCAUACAAGAAAAAAGCAGUACAUAUGCCCUGAGUGCGGGAAAUGUUUCACACAAAAAAGUAGUCUCGUAACUCAUGAAAGGGUCCACACAGGGGAGAAACCAUUCACUUGUACAGACUGUGGGAAAUGUUUUUCAGGCAAGUCAGUUCUCUUAAAACACCAAAAUAUUCACACAGGGUUAAAACCUUUCACAUGUAUAGAGUGUGGUAAAAGCUUUGCAGGGAAGUCUGGUCUCUUAAAGCACCAAAUGAUUCAUACAGGAGAGAAGCCAUUUACAUGUUCAGAGUGUGGGAAAUGUUUUGCACAAAAGAUUAAUCUAACAUAUCAUGAAAGGAUUCACACAGGGGAGAAACCAUUUACUUGUAAAGAAUGUGGUAAAAGUUUUUCAUGGAAGUCCGUUCUCCUCAGACACCAAACAUUUCACACAAGAGAGAAGCCUUUUACAUGUACCGAAUGUGGAAAAAGUUUUGCAUACCAAUCAGGUCUCCAAAAACACCAAAAAAGUCACACAGGGGAGCGACCAUUCAUAUGCACAGAAUGUGGAAAAAGCUUUUUAGAGAAGGCGUUUCUCUUAACUCACUUAAAUAUUCAUGCAGGGUUAAAACCUUAUUCUUGUACGGAGUGUGGGAAAUGUUUUACACAAAAUGCUCAUCUUCGAACCCACCGUCGGAUACAUACGCCAGUGAAAUCAUUCACAGGUGCACAAUAUGAAAACAAUAUUAUGCUAAAUGGUCAUCACUUGAACAGUUAACCUCAUUAUUAAAGUGGCUCCUGAAAUUUUGUCCCCAAUUUUACCCCCAUUGUGCAGAGGGCAUCAUCCAUGUGUCUUAUGUAUUUGAUGUUAAGGCUUGAUUCUCAAAAACUCUCUAGUCUAGGGUGAAAUUAUCAUGGAGACAUCACAGCGGCUGAACUCAUUGACUUCUCUAAGUAAAAGGGCAGCACCUCAAACUCCCAGAGAGAUAAGUGAUUCGUUUCAUAGGAAGUAAUGAGGCUGUGUGGGAUCACAGGGGAUAGUGAGGUUAAUAGAAUAGCACCCAUUGAACUGAUAUGUUUUUGCUACAGUUUUAUUUUUUUAAUUAAAAUUUUAUUGAGAUAAUCAAAAUGACAACAUGGGUACACUGACAUCAAUAUAAUAAACACGGUAUCUUGCUAUAUACAUCAUGUUAAAGUCCAAAUAGUUUCAUCGUGAAAUAUAGGAAGCCAUGGAACCGAAAUUAUCCAUGCCAUCAGAAAUUACAAUAACAAGAGAAAGUAUAAUCAUAAGGUUGAGUCUUUAGGCUAUAACAAUCUUUUCUCGUAUAGCAGUACAAUUUUUCAUAUUUAAUACGAAUAGAUGUACGAAUGCACACCUAUAGCUGAGAGCAAGAAUGCAGAUCUCAGCAAGAAGUAUGCAUAGAAAGCGGAAGAGAAGGGAGGGGGAAGUAAGAAAGAAGAAGAGUGUCAGAGACAGAGGAGGGGUGGGGAAGGAGGAAGAAAAAAAAUAAUAAAAAUAAAAUGCCCCAGGCGUUCCAUUACUGCAAGCCCCUACCGAAGAAUAAGAGCAUUUAUGGUUCUUAGGUUAUAUCUGUUUUUCCCAUAAUGCUAGCAUCAUCUCGUGUUCCUCUAACCUAUGUGUUUUUAGAUAGUGAUACCUCUCCAGCAAUAGGAGAUCAUCAACCGCUGAUCUCCAUUCCCCAGCAGAAGGGAUUCUUUGGGUUUUCCAAAACCUCGGGAUAAGUUUUUUAGCCGCGGUGAGCAUAAUUAGCAACAACGGCUGUUUGCCCAUACCCGACAACUUGGGAAGAGAGACAAGCAGAAGGGUGUUUGGAUCGUGACCUAUCUGUGUUCCCAAUAUCUCCGACAUCUCUGUUAAUAUGUCUUGCCAGUAAUCUGUCAGCCGAGGAUCCCUCUCCCCCACAACCCCUCCAACAGGUGUUACUGAGCGUGGGAUAUAUCUUGUGCAAGCGAGAUGGGCUUAGAUACCAUCUACAAAGAAGCUUAAUAUGUAUUUCCUGUGUCACCGCUGAAACAGAGGUUUUUUUAGUUAAUCUAAAGGCUUGAAGCCAAGCUUCGUCUUCCAGAUUGUAAUCCAGCUCUUUCUUCCAUGAGUAUGUGUAUGGCGGAAGGUUGGAUGGGACAGGGUUGUUAAGUAUUUUAUAUAGUUUCGAUAUUAAAUGCGCCGGGGUCACCUGCACGGUGCAUAGAUCUUCGAAAAGCGUUAGUUUUCUGCCUAGAUCCUCCCUAUUUUUAUGAUGAGUGAUGAAGUGAAUCAAUUGAUGGUAGUGUAACCAGGAGGAGAAAAUUCCCCCAUGGGAUUCCUCCAAUUCAGACUAAGAUUUUGUUCUUCCAUCUUUCGUGGUGGAGAAUGCCGUCCCUGUUCUCAGGCUAUAAGGUUGUACCUUGGAGAAACCCAAUCGAGAGUAAGGGAGAUCUGGUUGUUCAAUAAUUGUGGUAAGAGGGUUUUUGCUACAGUUUAACUUUUAUUUGCUGCUAGUGUAGUAACAUUACUUUUCUGUUAGUUAAAUAAGAGUAUAAUAAAUUAUGUGCAAAUGGCACAAAGCUGGUUAGAACAUGCUUAGAGAAUAUAAUAAGGUCUGUGAGAGAGUUUCAGACACAUAUACAGAGCUCCCCUGUCACUCACCUUUCUUUGAAACUGUCAGGAGCAAUACCAAGUGCAAUGUAAUUUGUAAAAGGUACACAGAAAUAUACACAGUAUGAUCUUAAUUUGUUAAAGUUACUCGGAAACAUUCAAAGCCAAUCAGAAUUUGUAAAAGCUCAAUCUUAUGUACACCAUUGUAUACAGAAUCUAAAUAGCAUUAAACACAAAAUAGAAAGCACAAAGCUUAAAAGUAAUACAACUUAAUAGAUAACAUCUAGUCUAAAGUAUAUUAAAAUACGAAGCACAAAAUGUAAAUGUAACAAAACUCUCAUGUCAUGAAGUGCUGUAUUGUACUGAGCUUGUCUCUCUGUCAAAUCCAGUAAUGCAGAGAAUGCCCCUUGGAAAGAGACAGCAAAAUUUGCCUUUCUACAAUCUUGUGAAGGACAUCACAAUGCUUUAGAUAAUCUCAUAUAAGCAGAGAGCUUUCAAGAAUUGGGCCCUUUGUACCAUCUGUGAUUGCCGUUGUUUGGUUCAUGUCACAUAUUGUGAGGAAUUGUCCAAUAACAUAAUUACUUUAUUGUUUUUACUGAAGGGAUUAUGUGACCUCAUUUACUCUACUCUAAGAUACAGAUAAUUAUUAUAUUUUAUUUUAAAGAGGGGAAUCUGGCUUUACUAAUGAUAGGUCACAUAUCUCUCAUUAGGAUAAGGUGAUCAGUAGAGUAACCACCUGCAGCCCUAGUCACCAGGGAUAUCUUUUAUGGUGCGGUACCUUAGAAAGGAAUGAGACCAACAUUUGAAAGAAGGAACUCCCUCAUUAAUAUAAGACAUUACAUGUUUCUAGUAAGAUGUAGAUUAUCACUGUGGUAAUGGCGAUCACUUGCAGAACUGGACAAUAUUUUUAUAAUAAAGGAAGGGGGUUGUGGAAGUCAGAUAUCCAACUCUUAAAAGAUAGAUCAUGCAUACUUAUAUAUACAAGGUUAUUGCUGUAGGUAUAGCUCCUGUCUUGUAGAUGAAAUUUAUAACCAAAAGGUGGCACGUGAUGCCUCUUUUACAAGAAGUCAAGUACCAAUAGCUAUUAGAUCCGAAUUGAAUUUACCAGAGAUAAACACUAGUAUAGAGAAAUUAUCACAAACGUAUGGAAUCUCCUCUGCCAUCCUCCCAAAAAAGUAUAGCUGGGCAUGUUCCACUUUUGGAUGAGACCACCCUCUUUAAAUUGAGUGCUAUUGCAAUUAAAUUUAUAUUGGCAAGAAAACUCAAACUUUUUGUCUAAGCUGGGGGAGUUAGGAAGCUCUAAAACUUCCCCUAACCAAUGGAAAUUAGUUAUCUUUCAAAAAGUAGGGUUUUUUUUGUGUAAAAAUUAUUUGGUAAGCCUUUAUAUCAUGAUAUAUCAGUGUGAAUUGUGUGUAUGUUUUUAAUGUACUUUUUGCUGUACUAACUGGGUUUAACUAGAGAAAAGAAUGUGUAUCUAAUGAUAGAGAUAAGAAAUGUAUAUAUUGUAAAUAUAAAAAAUACUAAAGUCAUCCUUCACUAAAGUAAUUUUGUGUAAAUUUAAAUUAUACCUAUUGUUCCAUGGUUUGAUAUUUUAUUCCUGCUUGUUUAUUCAAGUGGAAGAUAAAAACAAAAAUCUGUUUCAAUCAUA